UUUUUUGGGAUGUGUAUAUUUUUAAUAAUAAAUUAAAUUGUUUGCAAAAAAUGUUCCAAAUUUACUAUUUCGAGAAAACUCUAUGUCGAUAUAUGCGUAAACUCUUUGGCAUGGUUAUUGACGGUUGCGAGGUCUACGAUUAUUCCAUUUGGUAUUUUGAGCCAAUAAAAAGGAUAUUUGUACUCAAAGACAAUUGCAUGAAAUUAUUCUGCAGUCCGGAAUGGUUCCCAGUAAGUUAUUGGAUAGUUGUCAUCUUAGGCUUAGUUGGAUGCAUGCGAAGUUUUAAUGAAUUAAACUGUUUAAUAGUCUGUGGAGGGCGGCAUGUGAGUACAUGGCGUCAGCGGACGUAUCGUGUGUUGCCAAAUAGAAUUAUACGCCAGGUUCGCGUAGUGACUGCAUGUUUGAUGUUACUUUUGUGGGCGAGUCUAUUAUAUGGAGUCGUUUUGGCUAAACCUAUAUUUAUGCAGCCGUUAAUAUACGUAAAUAAUACCACACUUCUAUUUGAUCUUGCAAAAUGGAUAUAUGAGAUUUCAUGUGGACAUAUCCUUCUGGACCUGACAACCCUAAGUGCGUUUUUCGCUGCCUUUUUGAGUCUAAUUAAUAUUUGGUGUGUUCAAAAUGUAUUGGAAACUGCGAUUUUAGAAAAUGAUUUUACCCAUUUAAAAUUGAUUUUUCCAGGAAGAUUUCCGAAUUUAAAAUUCAUAUAAUUAUUAACAUAAAUAGAGAUAUAAAUAUAUAGAUUUUAAAGAAAUAAAUUAUUAAAGUUCGAUAAUGAAUUACUAAUAGCGGUACAAAAAAUCAUAUCUAAUUUUU